AUGGGGAAGACGGAUUUCGGCGGCUUGUUAUGCCAGUUCGGUUCAGUACAAUUGCCGAACUCCAGCCACGUCUACGACAGCCUAACACAGUUCAAUUCGGCGUACCACCGACUGCACCCAUACAUUUCUGUCACCGUUUGUGUUUUCGGCAUGACGCUGAACGUGCUGAAUCUGGUGGUACUGACCCGUCAUUCACUCAUCAAGCACUCGAUCAACAACGUGUUGACGGCGAUGGCCGUCUGCGAUCUGGUCGUCAUGUCAAGCUACCUGGCCCUUACCAUCCAGGCUUUUACCGGUUCGUUCCGCUACAGCGCAUCGGCUAUGUACAAACUGGCCGUGUUCGUACUGUUCCACUCGAACACGUCGGUCAUCUGUCAUGCCACCAGCAUUUGGCUGACGGUGGUUCUGGCGACCAUCAGAGUGUCAACGCUGGCCAGGUCGCUGCAAGGCUCCACUGUGCACUGGGAUAUACCAACGGUACGCCGCAUCACUGUCCUAGUUUUCCUGUGCGUCCUCAUUCUGGACGUACCAACCAUGGUCCACGUGAUGUAUUUCACGUCCGUUUCCGUGCUAGGUACACAAAACAACUGUUUCGUGCUGAAAUUGGCUUUCUGGUCUAAUGGCAUCAUCUUCAAGAUCAUACCGUGCAUUCUGUUGACGUUCUUCAUCGGCGUCUUGCUGUGCAUUCUUUCAGAAGCGCGUCACCGAAGCAACCGGCUUUGCUCCCUUAACAGCGUUCGUCACCACAAUUUUAGCUGCAGAGACCACAUCACCUGGAUGCUGAUCACCUUGCUGCUGUCUUUUCUCUUUACUCAACUGCCGCAAGGGCUCUUGCUGAUUGGCACCGGCUUGUAUAAUCACGAAUUUCGGUCGAAAGUCUACAAUAAGCUCGGCGAAUUAAUGGAUCUCUUCUCGUUAUUGAACAGUGCAAUCAGCUUUUUCAUCUACUGUAUCAUGAGUCAACGCUUUCGGCAAACGUUUUGGCACAUAUUUUUGCCGCACUGCUUACGAAAACACAAAUUAAAUUUUUUGCCGCUUCAAACACUAGCUCUUUCCGUUGACGGCACUUGCACUGGUGAGCACGGUGUGGGCAUCGACAAGAAGAGCUACCUUGAGGCGGAAUUUGGAACUGACACGCUGCAAGUGAUGAAGACUCUGAAACGAGCCUUGGAUCCAAACGGCAUAUUGAAUCCAGGAAAGAUUUUCGAUUGGUGA